AUGUCUAUAUAUCCUUUAUACAAGGAGAUUUUUCCGUCAACAAGCGUUGAAGAAGUUGUUUGUGCCAAUUUUACUUCGUCUAAGGAUAUUAAUAUUAUAGUUGCACGUUCAUCUAUAUUACAAAUUUACAAAUUUGUUGAGAGAAUUGAGAUUUCAUUAGAAGACGAAGAUAAUGAUUUGGGUCAAGAAAUAGAAAAGGAGAAGGAUGAGUUGUGCGAACGAUUUCUUCGGGGGGCAAACGGUAUGGAUAGUCUGUUAUUAAGCUUUAAGGACGCAAAGUUGUCGCUUUUGGAGUUUUCGCUGGCAACUAACAACAUCGUCACGGUAUCUAUCCACUAUUACGAACGAGAGGAAUAUAAGCUAGAAUUUCUAGCAAAUACGCGUCCGACCGAAUUGAGGGUGGAUCCAUCCAAUAGAUGUGCUGUAUUGAAUUUUUUUGGUGAUAAACUGGCGAUUCUUCCUUUUCGUCAAGAAGAAGCCUUAAAUUUAGAUGAAGAAGAGGUUGCAAGCAAGUGGCCUUAUUUACCAAGCUUUGUCGUCGAGCUGCCUUCCAUUCAAUCACGAAUUAAAAAUGUCAUAGAUAUGAAAUUCUUGUAUGAUUAUUACGAGCCGACUUUAGCCAUACUUUUUGAAUCAUGUCAAACCUGGCCAGGUAAAAUGAACACAAAUAAGGACACUUGUUCUCUCGUCGUUGUGUCACUAGAUAUUUCACAAAAAGUAUAUCCAGUCAUAUAUUCUAUGGAUAAGUUACCACAUUCCAGUGUGAAAUUAAUUCCAAUUCAAAAACCCGUUGGUGGUAUCCUCGUUAUAACAGCAAACGCGAUAAUUCAUGUGGAUCAAAGCUCUCCAGGAAUUGGUAUUGCGGUUAACGGAUAUGCAACGUCCACAACAGAUUUUCCACUUGACCAUUCAUUCGAGCAUUUAGGUCUUGCUCUAGAAGGAAGUCAUUAUGUUUUCUUAGAUAAAGAUGAGAUUUUACUUUUUUUGCGUAAUGGCGACAUGUACUUAGUAAAACUGAUAAAGGAUGGACGAUCAAUAUCUAGGAUUACAAUAGAGAAAGUUGGUACUAAUACGUUGCCAUCAUGUGCUUGCGACGUAGCUCCGGGAUAUUUCUUUUUAGGAUCACGACUGGGCGAUUCACAUUUGGUUCAAUAUAAAGCUGCUAGGUCCAAUUAUAAGACGGAUGGUGCGGUGAAUGGUUUUAGUAAUAUGUCGCGAAGAAAUACCUUCGAUUUUGAUGCAGAACUAUAUGAAACUGAUACAACCAGUAGUAUAAAUCUUGCAAGCAUAAGCAGCAAAACAAAUACUAAAUUUCCAACAACCUCCGAAUACAACUUCACUAUAUGCGACACGCUUAUUAACGUUGGACCAAUAGUGGAUUUGGCUUAUGGCGAAUUAGCAUUCACCGAGGAAGAGUCUCAUUUACAUACUGUGCAUAAAGAAUUAGAGUUGGUCUCUUGCUCUGGUUCUGGCACGGCUUCCUCGCUUUGUAUAUUUCACGUUCUUGCUUGUGGCGAAGAAUUACAGGAACUUGAGCAUUCUGACUUUUAUACGGAAGGUCCGACAGUGGCCGUUGGAUCAGUGUUGAAUGGAUCACGUAUAUUACAAAUUUGUGGUCAUGGACUCCGGCUUCUUGAUCAAGAUGGAAAGCUUGUGCAUAUAAUACCGACUCAGGAUGAUCCUGAAAAGAGCUUAAUUGUAUUUGCGAGCAUUGUUGACCCAUAUGUGUUGCUAUUAUUUGACACUGGUGACAUUAAGUUACUAAAGGCUGAUGAUAAGUUAAAGAGCAUUGAGCUUUAUUCACAGUCUCCGAGUAUUAACGAUAUUCCUACUGCGUCGUGUUAUAUAUAUCGAGAUGAUACCGGUCUUUUUACUCUUGUCAAAGAUGAUGUCGUGGGUGCAAUAAACGAAACAAAUAUAAGCGGUUUUGGUGAGAACGUCAAAUCCGAAAGCUUUUGGUGCGUACUGUAUCAGCAAGAUGGCACCUUGGAGGAAGUGUUCCAUUUUCCACAUUUUGAUUUAUCACCAGCUGUUCUCACCGAUGUUAUAACGCGACAAAAUGUAAAAGCUUCUGGACAGACUGUGGAAAUUCAGGAGAUUUUAUUAAUAAACAUUGGUCGACAAGCAAAGGAUCCAUAUCUAAUUGCACGUUCUAGUGUUGGUGACAUUAUGAUUUAUAAGGCCUUCCGAUAUAUGCCUGGCACCGACAUAUCAGAUCCUUUCUUAAAGUCACAAUCUCAAAGCGAGUUGACCGAUCGCCUAGCUAUACGAUUUUCGCGUAUCCCCCAGGAAUAUAUAUCACGCGAAACGAUGUAUAGUGAUAUCCAUGAUAAACCUGUAACUAGAAGGUCAACUCUUCAAGAAUUGAAUAUUGACGAAAUUGAUCAAACGAACCAUGAUGUAGAAAAGCGAAGAACUAUUCUUAGACAGAUAAAUCGACAACUGAUACCCUUCACUAAUAUAGCGGGUUACUCCGGUGUUUUUGUAACAGGUGCGAAGCCUCUUUGGUUGAUUUGUGCGCGCAAUAAUUAUCUGAGGGUCCAUCCGAUGAAUGCGGACGGUGAAAUACGAAGUUUUACACCAUUUCAUAAUGUACAUUGUAAACAUGGCUUUUUGUACACUAAUACUCAGGACGUUUGUCGAUUGUCAGAGUUACCGACUGAUUUUCAAUAUGAUAUGGAAUGGACUGUGAAAAAAGUUCAAUUAAAUCGUUCUGUUUACGGAAUCGAAUAUCAUCCAGAAAUGCAGGUCUAUGCAUUGUUAACAUCAUUACCCGUUGAAUUUCUAUUGAGGGAUGAAAAUGGUGAACCUAUAGAAUUUGAACGAGAUAGUUCACAAUUUUUACCUGAAACCCAAAAAUUUACUCUUGAGUUGAUAUCUCCGGUCACUUGGGAAACUGUAGACAGGCACGAUUUCCAUGAUGAUGAACAAGGUUUAUGUAUAAAAUGUGUAAGUCUCCAAACAAAAUCCACUACUAGUGGUCGAAAAUCAUUUAUUGCCAUUGGUACUGGAAUCUUCCGUGGCGAAGAUGUUGGUAUGCGAGGAAAUGUUUAUGUAUUUGAAAUAAUUGAAGUCGUGCCGGAGCCUGAUAAUCCGCAAACAAAUCACAAAUUUAAAUUGCUAUGCCAUGAAGAAGUAAAAGGUUCAGUAACUGCAAUUUGUGAUGUCAACGGAUACUUAUUAACGUGUGUCGGACCAAAGAUUUUUAUUCGUGCGUUUGAAGACAAUGAUCGUCUCAUUAGCGUUGCGUUCAUUGACAUCCAAAUUUAUGCUAGUAGUGUAGUGUCGAUUAAAGAUUAUAUACUCUUGGGAGAUGUCUACAAAGGUGUCUGGUUCCUUGGAUUUCAGGCAAGGCUUUACUGGACUAUAACUCUUGGAGAGGAACCAGCGAAACUAGUGUUAGUUGGUAAAGAUUAUCAUUCUAUGGAAGUCGGGUGCACUAAUUUUAUAAUCGAUGAGCCUGUAUUAUAUUUUGCAGUGGCAGAUAUGGAUAAAAAUAUACAUUUAUUUCAAUAUGCACCUUAUAAUGUACAAUCAUUUGCUGGUCAGAAACUUAUUCGCAGAGGCGAUUUUCAUGUUGGUGCGCAAGUAAAAACAAUGUUAUCAUUGCCAAAAAAAGAGUUAGUAAGAAGAGAACAUUCUAUUGACCAGGGUAUACCUGUGAUGGAAGAAGAAACCAGUGGGCAUAAACAGCUUUGCUUAUGCGGAACUCUUGACGGAAGUAUUGGUAUGAUAACCCCAAUACCCGAAAAGAUGUAUAAACGAAUGCAAUUGUUGCACUCGCAAAUGGUGAAUGGAAUACAACAUCCAGCGGGUCUCAAUCCUAAAUCAUUUAGGCUUAUGCAAUCAAAGCAACGACUAGCCAUUAAUCCAGCUAAAGGGAUUUUAGAUGGUGAUCUUUUAAUCCAAUUUCCAAAUUUAGCAUUACAUCGACAACGAGAAAUGACUAAGCAAAUUGGAACUACAGUAGAAAGGAUUUUAGACGACUUGUUGGUGUUGCAAGAAUCAUGUGACUAUUUCUAA